CCGGGGCCGCUGGAUGCCGCGUCUCCGCUUCUGCUGCCUGCCGGGCCGGCUCCGGCGGUCGCAGCAAGGUGGAACACAAAGGCCCUGUGCUGAGCACCCAUAAUCCUCUGGGGGUACCCCCCCUAAAACAGCACCCCCACCAUGUUUAAUCUAAUGAAGAAAGACAAGGACAAAGAUGGAGGGCGGAAGGAGAAGAAGGAGAAAAAGGAGAAGAAGGAGCGGAUGUCAGCAGCCGAGCUGAGGAGCCUGGAGGAGAUGAGCCUGAGACGCGGCUUCUUCAACCUGAACCGCUCCUCCAAGCGUGAAUCGAAGAUGCGCCUGGAGAUCUCCAACCCCAUCCCCAUCAAGGUGGCCAGCGGCUCCGACCUGCACCUGACGGACAUUGACUCCGACAGCAACAGGGGCAGCGUCAUCCUGGACUCGGGCCACCUCAGCACAGCCAGCUCCAGCGAUGACCUCAAGGGUGAGGAAGGCAGUUUCCGGGGCUCUGUGCUGCAGCGGGCGGCCAAGUUCGGCUCCCUGGCCAAGCAGAACUCCCAGAUGAUUGUCAAGCGCUUCUCCUUCUCCCAGCGGAGCCGGGAUGAGAGUGCCUCUGAGACCUCCACCCCCUCGGAGCACUCUACUGCCCCGUCUCCACAGGUGGAGGUGAGGACUCUGGAGGGACAACUGGUGCAGCAUCUCGGCCCGGGCCACCCUCGACCAGGGCCCCGGUCCCAAGUCCCUGAGCUGGUGACUAAAAGGUUUCCGGCUGACCUGCGCUUGCCCCCCGUGGUGCCCCCACCACCCCCUGCCCUCCGGGAGCUGGAGCUGCAACGAAGGCCCACUGGAGACUUCGGCUUCUCCCUGCGGCGCACAACCAUGCUUGAUCGGGGCCCCGAGGGCCAGGUCUAUCGGAGGGUGGUUCACUUUGCUGAGCCUGGUGCGGGCACCAAGGACCUGGCCCUGGGGCUGGUGCCAGGUGAUCGUCUGGUGGAGAUUAAUGGGCACAACGUGGAGAGCAAGUCCCGGGAUGAGAUUGUGGAGAUGAUCCGGCAGUCCGGGGACAGCGUGCGGCUCAAGGUGCAACCCAUCCCAGAGCUCAGUGAGCUCAGCCGGAGCUGGCUGCGGAGUGGCGAGGGACCCCGCAGGGAGCCGGCCGAUGUGAAGACAGAAGAGCAGAUUGCAGCGGAGGAGGCCUGGCACGAGACAGAGAAGGUGUGGCUGGUCCAUAAGGAUGGCUUCUCUCUGGCCAGUCAGCUCAAAUCCCAGGAGCUCAGCUUGCCCGAGGGGAAGGUGCGCGUGAAGCUGGACCACGAUGGAGCCAUCCUGGAUGUGGAUGAGGACGAUGUGGAGAAGGCCAAUGCCCCCUCCUGCGACCGUCUAGAGGACCUGGCCUCGCUCGUGUACCUCAAUGAGUCCAGUGUCGUGCACACCCUGCGCCAGCGCUACGGCGCCAGCCUGCUGCACACGUACGCCGGCCCCAGCCUGCUGGUCCUCAGCCCCCGUGGGGCCCCCGCUGUGUACUCCGAGAAGGUGAUGCACAUGUUCAAGGGGUGCCGGCGGGAGGACAUGGCACCCCACAUCUAUGCCGUGGCCCAGACGGCAUACAGGGCAAUGCUGAUGAGCCGUCAGGACCAGUCCAUCGUCCUCCUGGGCAGCAGUGGCAGUGGCAAGACCACCAGCUGCCAGCACCUGGUGCAAUACCUGGCCACCGUCGCAGGCACCAGCGGGAACAAGGUGUUUUCUGUGGACAAGUGGCAGGCUCUGUACACCCUGCUGGAGGCCUUUGGAAACAGCCCCACCAUCAUGAAUGGCAACGCCACCCGCUUCUCCCAGAUCCUCUCCCUAGACUUUGACCAGGCUGGCCAGGUGGCCUCGGCCUCCAUUCAGACGAUGCUUCUGGAGAAACUGCGCGUGGCUCGGCGCCCGGCCAGCGAGGCCACGUUCAACGUCUUCUACUACCUGCUGGCCUGUGGGGAUGGCACCCUCAGGACAGAGCUCCACUUGAACCACUUGGCCGAGAACAACGUGUUCGGGAUUGUGCCCCUGGCCAAGCCGGAGGAGAAGCAGAAGGCAGCUCAGCAGUUCAGUAAGCUGCAGGCGGCCAUGAAGGUGCUGGGCAUCUCCCCCGACGAGCAGAAAGCCUGCUGGCUCAUCCUGGCUGCCAUCUACCACCUGGGGGCUGCGGGAGCCACCAAAGAAGCUGCUGAAGCUGGGCGCAAGCAGUUUGCCCGCCACGAGUGGGCCCAGAAGGCCGCGUACCUGUUGGGCUGCAGCCUGGAGGAGCUCUCCUCAUCCAUCUUCAAGCACCAGCACAAGGGCGGCACCCUGCAGCGCUCCACCUCCUUCCGCCAGGGCCCCGAGGAGAGCGGCCUGGGAGAUGGUACAGGCCCCAAACUGAGUGCGCUGGAGUGCUUAGAGGGCAUGGCGUCUGGCCUCUACAGCGAGCUCUUCACCCUUCUUGUCUCUCUGGUGAACAGGGCUCUCAAGUCCAGCCAGCACUCACUCUGCUCUAUGAUGAUUGUGGAUACUCCGGGCUUCCAGAACCCUGAGCAGGGCGGGGCGGCCCGAGGAGCCUCCUUCGAGGAGCUGUGCCACAACUACGCCCAGGACCGGCUGCAGAGGCUCUUCCACGAGCGCACCUUUGUGCAGGAGCUGGAAAGAUACAAGGAGGAGAACAUCGAGCUGGCGUUUGACGACUUGGAGCCGGCCACGGACGAUUCUGUUUCUGCCGUGGACCAAGCCUCCCAUCAGACCCUGGUCCGCUCAUUGGCCCGCACAGACGAGGCCAGGGGCCUGCUGUGGCUGCUAGAGGAGGAGGCUCUGGUGCCAGGGGCCACUGAGGAGGCCCUCCUGGAACGCCUUUUCUCCUACUAUGGCCCCCAGGAAGGUGACAAAAAAGGCCAAAGCCCCCUCCUGCGCAGCAGCAAACCACGCCAUUUUCUCCUGGGCCACAGCCAUGGCACCAACUGGGUGGAGUACAAUGUGGCUGGCUGGCUGAGCUACACCAAGCAGAACCCGGCUACCCAGAAUGCCCCCCGGCUCCUGCAGGACUCCCAGAAGAAGAUCAUCAGCAACCUGUUCCUGGGCCGGGCGGGCAGCGCCACGGUGCUCUCGGGCUCCAUCGCGGGCCUGGAGGGAGGCUCGCAGCUGGCGCUGCGCCGGGCCACCAGCAUGCGGAAGACCUUCACCACGGGCAUGGCGGCUGUCAAGAAGAAGUCACUGUGCAUCCAGAUUAAGCUGCAGGUGGAUGCCCUCAUUGACACCAUCAAGAAGUCGAAGCUGCAUUUCGUGCACUGCUUCCUGCCGGUGGCCGAGGGCUGGGCCGGGGAGCCCCGGUCUGCCUCCUCCCGCCGGGUCAGCAGCAGCAGCGAGCUGGACCUGCCUUCAGGAGACCACUGCGAGGCCGGGCUCCUGCAGCUGGACGUGCCCCUGCUCCGCGCCCAGCUGCGUGGCUCCCGCCUGCUUGACGCCAUGCGCAUGUACCGCCAAGGUUACCCUGACCACAUGGUUUUUUCUGAGUUCCGCCGCCGCUUUGAUGUCCUGGCCCCACACCUGACCAAGAAACACGGGCGCAACUACAUCGUCGUGGAUGAAAGGCGGGCGGUGGAGGAGCUGCUGGAGUCCUUGGACCUGGAGAAGAGCAGCUGCUGCAUGGGCCUGAGCCGGGUGUUCUUCCGGGCAGGCACGUUGGCACGGCUAGAGGAGCAACGGGACGAGCAAACCAGCAGGAACCUGACCCUGUUCCAGGCGGCGUGCAGGGGCUACCUGGCCCGGCAGCACUUCAAGAAGAAAAAGAUCCAGGACCUGGCCAUCCGCUGUGUGCAGAAGAACAUCAAGAAGAACAAAGGGGUGAAGGACUGGCCCUGGUGGAAGCUCUUCACCACCGUGCGACCCCUCAUUGAGGUGCAGCUGUCCGAGGAGCAGAUCCGGAGCAAAGACGAGGAGAUCCAGCAGCUGCGGAGCAAGCUUGAGAAAGUGGAGAAGGAGCGGAAUGAGCUGCGGCUCAACAGUGACCGGCUGGAGACCCGGAUCUCAGAGCUGACAUCGGAGCUGACAGAUGAACGUAACACGGGAGAGUCCGCCUCCCAGCUGCUGGACGCGGAGACUGCGGAGAGGCUCCGAGCUGAGAAGGAGAUGAAGGAGCUGCAGACCCAGUACGAUGCACUGAAGAAGCAAAUGGAGGUGAUGGAAAUGGAGGUGAUGGAGGCCCGUCUUAUCCGGGCAGCCGAGAUCAACGGGGAAGUGGACGAUGAUGAUGCAGGUGGCGAGUGGCGCCUGAAGUAUGAGCGAGCUGUGCGGGAGGUGGACUUCACCAAGAAGCGGCUCCAGCAGGAGUUUGAGGACAAGCUGGAGGUGGAGCAGCAGAACAAGAGGCAGCUGGAGAGGCGGCUCGGGGAUCUGCAGGCCGAUAGUGAGGAGAGCCAGCGGGCCCUGCAGCAGCUCAAGAAGAAGUGCCAGCGGCUGACGGCUGAGCUGCAGGACACCAAACUGCACCUGGAGGGCCAGCAGGUCCGCAACCACGAGCUGGAGAAGAAGCAGAGGAGGUUUGACAGCGAGCUCUCGCAGGCCCACGAGGAGGCUCAGCGGGAGAAGCUGCAGCGGGAGAAGCUGCAGCGAGAGAAGGACAUGCUCCUCGCCGAGGCUUUCAGCCUGAAACAGCAGCUGGAGGAAAAAGACAUGGACAUUGCAGGGUUCACACAGAAGGUCAUCUCCCUGGAGGCUGAGCUCCAGGACAUUUCCUCCCAAGAGUCCAAGGAUGAAGCCUCUCUGGCCAAGGUCAAGAAACAGCUCCGGGACCUGGAGGCCAAGGUCAAGGACCAGGAAGAGGAACUGGAUGAGCAGGCGGGGACCAUCCAGAUGCUGGAACAGGCCAAGCUGCGACUCGAGAUGGAGAUGGAGCGGAUGAGACAGACCCAUUCCAAGGAGAUGGAAAGUCGGGAUGAGGAGGUGGAGGAGGCCCGGCAGUCGUGUCAGAAGAAGUUAAAACAAAUGGAAGUGCAGCUUGAGGAGGAAUAUGAGGACAAGCAGAAGGUGCUGCGAGAGAAGCGGGAACUGGAGAGCAAGCUCGCCACGCUCAGUGACCAGGUGAGCCAGCGGGACUUUGAGUCAGAGAAGCGGCUCCGGAAAGACCUGAAGCGCACCAAGGCCCUGUUGGCUGACGCCCAGAUCAUGCUGGACCACCUGAAGAACAACGCGCCCAGCAAGAGGGAGAUCGCCCAGCUGAAGAACCAGCUGGAGGAGUCCGAGUUCACCUGCGCAGCCGCCGUGAAAGCACGCAAAGCAAUGGAGGUGGAGAUCGAAGACCUGCACCUGCAGAUUGAUGACAUCGCCAAAGCCAAGACAGCGCUGGAGGAGCAGCUGAGCCGCCUUCAGCGUGAGAAGAACGAGAUCCAGAACCGGCUGGAGGAGGAUCAGGAAGACAUGAAUGAGCUGAUGAAGAAGCACAAGGCAGCUGUGGCUCAGGCCUCCCGGGACCUGGCUCAGAUGAAUGACCUCCAGGCUCAGCUAGAAGAAGCCAACAAGGAGAAGCAAGAGCUGCAGGAGAAGCUACAAGCCCUCCAGAGCCAAGUGGAGUUCCUGGAGCAGUCGAUGGUGGACAAGUCCCUGGUGAGCAGACAGGAAGCCAAGAUCCGAGAGCUGGAGACACGCCUGGAGUUCGAAAGGACCCAAGUGAAGCGGCUGGAGAGCCUGGCGAGCCGGCUCAAGGAGAACAUGGAGAAGCUGACUGAGGAGCGGGAUCAGCGCACAGCAGCUGAGAACCGGGAGAAGGAGCAGAACAAGAGGCUGCAGCGGCAGCUCCGGGACACCAAGGAGGAGAUGGGCGAGCUGGCCAGGAAGGAGGCUGAGGCAAGCCGCAAGAAGCACGAACUGGAAAUGGAUCUGGAGAGUCUGGAGGCUGCUAACCAGAGCCUGCAGGCCGAUCUAAAACUGGCAUUCAAGCGCAUCGGGGACCUGCAGGCCGCCAUUGAGGAUGAGAUGGAGAGCGAUGAGAAUGAGGACCUCAUCAACAGUUUGCAGGACAUGGUGACAAAAUAUCAGAAAAGAAAAAAUAAACCCGAGGGCGACUCAGAUGUGGACUCGGAGCUGGAGGACCGGGUCGACGGGGUCAAGUCGUGGUUGUCGAAAAACAAGGGGCCCUCUUCCAAGGCAACUUCCGACGACGGCAGCUUGAAGAGUUCCAGCCCCACCAGCUACUGGAAGUCCCUUGCCCCUGACCGGUCAGAUGAAGAGCACGACCCUGUUGACGGCACCUCCAGGCCCCGACACUCCCACAGCUACCCGAGUGACAGCGACACAGAGGCCAAGCCAACGGAGACCGACGCGUAGCCUCCCACCCCGUGGGCUGCCGCCGCCACGGCACCUCUCCCCGGAAAGAGCGGGGCACAGGUCUCCCCACCCGACUGCUGAUCGGCAGGAGACACACCUGACCCUCUGGGGUCAGGCUGUGGGGUCUGAUGUCUCCACAUGGAAGAGGCGGGGGAAGAGGAGUUUCUGAUAAGAGAACUUUUUGCUCCUUCCGCCUCCAACAUGCCACACUCUUGGCUUCGACCUUGGGCCACUGUGGGCGGUGGCAGGUGGCUUAGCACUGCAUGGAGCCAGCAAGUUGACCUCCAUCUCAGCCCUCUGCUCAGGGACGGUGGACAGCUCGCCUACUGGGACAUUCUCGGUUGCUGGGUCCAUGGGGCGGAGUUGGGGGCUGGAACAGCAAUUCCUUCCCCCUGGCUUGGGGUGAGGGCUUUCCCUUCUCAGUGCCUGCUGUCUUUUUACUUUUUAAUUUAAAUACCCAACCUCUCCAUCACAGCUGCAUCCCUGAGAGUGGCAGCUGGGGCCCCAGGACGACUAGGGGAAUUCCGUCUCCAUGUUCACUUCGGAGAGCAGCCCUUUCUCUGUGCAGCUGGAGAGACGGCUAAGCAGAGCUUCCAGGUGCUUCUGGGUUUGGACUGAGCAAACCUACAUAGACAGGGGUGCGUAUGUACCAUCCGGAACAUCCAGCCCCUCCUCCUCGUCAGCUCGUCAAGUGUGUUAAGUACAAUGACCUAUUUAAAAGUAAACCCAUUCCACCUACACCAGUUUGGGGCUUAACCAAGCACUGUCUCCCUCCCGCUCUGUCCAAGUUGCCUGGGCCAUAAGCUCAACUUGAGAGGGAAGGCCUUGGGUUGAGGACUUGUGAUCAGAAAAACUAAAGCUGCAAGUUUUGGUCAGUCCUGAUAUGUAUUAGACACGGGUCCUCACCCUGUGUCCUGAGCCUAAGUCAUUUUUCUUCUUCCAAUCACCCUCUCCCCCCGCACCCCCGACAUACAAACACUUAUCCUAGACUUGACAACAUGUGGCCUGACAGUCCCAGCCCCGACCCUAAAGGUCAUCCCUCCAACAUCGUCAAACUUGGGGGCCCAAGGGCAGUGCCUGGCGCCGCUGCCAUCUGCUGUCCCCUCUCCUCUCCUGCAAUUGGUUUGUAUUCAUUGGGCUGUGCUCUCUCUUCCCUGAUUACCUGAUGUAUGGAAAUAAACGUCCUUUUCCUCCUG